CGUCUCAAGCUCUGUCUCAUUCCACCUUCAGCCAUUUUGACAAUGUUAGGAGCUGUGGGACGUUGCUGCACCGGGGCUUUGCAGGCUCUGAAGCCCGGGGUCCUCGCCGGAUCACGAUCGGCUCUCCAUGCUUCCAGGGGUUAUGCUGCCCCUGCUGCAGCCGCAGCCAUCGCCAAUGGGCGUAUUGUCGCGGUCAUCGGUGCCGUGGUGGACGUCCAGUUCGAUGAGGGCCUGCCUCCCAUCCUGAACGCCCUGGAAGUGGCUGGCCGCGAGUCUAGGCUAGUACUGGAGGUAGCUCAGCAUUUGGGUGAGAACACAGUCCGCACUAUUGCCAUGGACGGUACAGAGGGCUUGGUUCGUGGGCAGAAGGUCUUGGACACUGGUGCCCCCAUCAGAAUCCCUGUGGGACCUGAGACCCUGGGCAGAAUCAUGAAUGUCAUUGGAGAGCCCAUUGAUGAGAGAGGCCCAAUCUCUACUAAGCAUACUGCCCCAAUCCACGCUGAGGCUCCAGAGUUCACAGACAUGAGUGUGGAGCAGGAGAUCUUGGUCACUGGCAUCAAGGUGGUCGACCUGCUUGCCCCCUAUGCCAAGGGUGGAAAGAUUGGUCUGUUCGGUGGUGCUGGAGUGGGCAAGACUGUACUCAUUAUGGAGUUGAUCAACAACGUGGCCAAGGCCCAUGGUGGUUACUCCGUGUUCGCUGGUGUGGGAGAGAGGACCCGUGAGGGUAACGAUCUCUACCAUGAGAUGAUUGAGUCCGGUGUCAUCAACCUGAAGGAUACCACUUCCAAGGUGGCGCUGGUGUACGGUCAGAUGAACGAGCCCCCAGGCGCCCGUGCCCGUGUCGCUCUGACUGGACUGACCGUAGCCGAAUAUUUCCGUGACCAGGAAGGUCAGGAUGUCCUGCUCUUCAUUGACAACAUCUUCCGUUUCACCCAGGCUGGUUCAGAGGUGUCUGCCCUGUUGGGUCGUAUCCCCUCUGCUGUGGGUUACCAGCCCACCCUGGCCACUGACAUGGGUACCAUGCAGGAGAGAAUCACCACCACCAAGAAGGGUUCAAUCACAUCUGUGCAGGCCAUCUAUGUGCCCGCUGAUGACUUGACUGAUCCUGCCCCUGCCACCACCUUCGCUCACUUGGACGCCACCACUGUAUUGUCCCGCGCCAUUGCUGAGCUGGGUAUCUACCCCGCUGUGGACCCCCUGGACUCCACCUCCCGUAUCAUGGACCCCAACAUUGUAGGAAUUGAGCACUAUGAAAUCGCCCGUGGUGUCCAGAAGAUCCUGCAGGACUACAAAUCCCUUCAGGAUAUCAUUGCCAUCUUGGGUAUGGAUGAGUUGUCUGAGGAAGACAAGCUGACUGUGGCCCGUGCCCGUAAGAUCCAGCGUUUCCUGUCACAGCCCUUCCAGGUGGCUGAAGUGUUCACUGGUCACAUGGGCAAGCUGGUGCCCCUGAAGGAGACAAUCAGCGGUUUCAAGGCCAUCCUUGGAGGUGAGUACGAUGCCCUGCCCGAGCAGGCGUUCUACAUGGUGGGCCCAAUCGAGGAGGUAGUACAGAAGGCAGAGAAGUUGGCUGAGGAGCACUCGUAAACAAGCAUCUGUCAAUAAGUUGUGUAAAAAAAAAAAAGGUCUGGAGGAAGCACUUGGUUUGUACGUUGUCACAUUCGAAUACAAAAAUUGUCCCUGUAUCUGUCAAGUCAUCCUGAAAAAGUUCUAUUUAAUGUUUCCAAUUACAAAGGAGGAAAUAAAGGUCUGUCUUACAA